AUGGAGGACGUAAUAGAGAAAGUGAACAAGCUGCAGGAGCUGUGCAUAGAAAUACCCAACCCCAUCAACAUUCCGCAGAUAGUCGUAGUGGGCGCACAGAGCUCGGGAAAGAGCAGCAUCUUAGAGAACAUUGUAGGAGCAGAGAUUCUUCCCAGGGGCACAGGAAUGGUCACCAGAAGACCCCUCAUGAUACAGAUCGUCUCAACAGAGGGAGCAACGCACUGCACUUUUGGACACUCUCCUGGGAGAGCCUUUAAACUGCACGAAGUCCAGGAAGAAAUAACAAAAGAAACAGAAAGAAUAUUGGACAAAAAAAACGACAUAUCAGCCAUACCAAUUGUUCUGAAAAUACACAAGCCAAAUGCUCUGCCUAUUACGCUAAUUGAUCUCCCAGGAGUGAUAAAAAUACGGUCAGAGGGCCAGCCAGAAGGAAUAGUCAAAAAAGUGGAAGAAAUAGUAAGAUCGUACAUACAGAACAACAACACGAUAAUCCUGGCGGUAACACCUGCCACCACAGACAUAGCCAGCUCUGAUGCGCUGAUGCUGGCUAAAGAAGUAGACCCAGAGCUAACUAGAACGCUCUGCGUGCUGACCAAAGUAGACCUAAUGGACCCAGGAUCUGAUCUGGUGAAUGUGCUGCAGGGAAAAAUAGUGAAGAACAGGCUGGGGUUUGUUCCUGUGAUAUGCAGAGGAGAGCUUUCCGUGAAAGAAAAAGUGAGAAUAGAAGACGCCCUGAAAAAAGAGGAAGAGUAUUUCAGGAGCCAUCCAUCCUACAUCAAAAACCACUUGUACUGCGGUGUUCCUUAUCUGAUCGUAAGACUGCACGAUAUUCUGCGUAAGAGCAUUGUAAAAAGCACGCCAUAUCUUCAGGACAGGAUAUCGUUUCUUCUGAAUAAAAUAGAAAAAGAAGUAGCUGAGCUGGGAGGGAAGAUCAUCGACGAAAGACAAAUGAUUAUGCAGAUAAUCAGCGAAUUUAAGCAGGAAAUAGACCAGAAGAUCACAGGAGCACAGAAACACACAGUGCAGAAAAAAUACAUUUCUAAGGAGAUAAUCAACGGAGCAAGAAUAUCGUACACACUGGACACGCUGUUUCCCAAAUCUCUGGAAGGAGUGGAUCUGUUCAACUCCUCAGAUGCCGAGAUAAACAACGUAAUGCACAAUACGUCAGGCGUAUUCGGAGGAGCAAACGUAUCAAAUAUUCUGUCGCACUUUGUCUCGCAGGCUGUGGAUAAAAUACACCCCCACUGCACACAGCUAUCCACAAAAAUCUUCCUGGAAAUGCAGAAUAUGAUGGAGGUGUCAUUGGACGCAAAUAAGAUAGGGAGAUUUCCAAAACUAAAAACAGAAAUAUGCAGAAGUGUGUCUUCUCUUCUGAAGGAGAGGCUAACAGCCACCACACACGCAAUAAAAGAGUUUCUGCAGUGGAAUACAGUUUACAUCAGGCCUGCAGCGAGUAAAAGCACAGGCGCAGCAGAGCAGAGUGCCACGCCGGAUGCAAUUAGUGCACAGAGCGUAUCUAAUACAGGCAAUGAUAGCAGCAUAAGUCUAACAGAUAAUAGUGCAUACAGCACAGAAGGAGAGAUGGAGAUAGUUAAAGAAUCAGUGAGAAGACAGGUCUCUCAUUUGAAGAGCACCGUUGUGGAACAAGUUCCAAAGAUCAUUGUCCUGGAGAUGGUCUACAAAACAAUGCAAGAGCUGCAGAACAGGCUGAUAAACGAUCUGUACAAGCCUGAGAGCAUAUCUGAGCUCCUGCAGGAGGAACAAGCCACAAAAGACAAAAGAGAAAUACUGGAAAAGUCAUUUAUUGCUCUGGAAAAAGCCAGAAUAAUUGCAAAUACGCUGUAA